GUUCCUUUACUUUUAAUAGACGUUGUUUUUCUUUUCUUCUGAAAAGACGGUUCGGGAAAGGUUCGGGCUCGUUAUUGUAGGUCUAUUAGACUUGGGAGAAGUGCGCGAGCCGAAUGUCUGGGACUGAGCCGCACGCGCACGCACACACAGAGUUUAAGAGUUUCGGCUCUGUUCCACCUGUCGUGUUCAGACCCGCGCCGCUGGAUUAUUCACUCACUUACACACACACACACACACACACACAGGUGUACUGCACCUGCCGCGCGAGAUCUCCGUACCUCCGUACAGUCCUGUGCUCACUAGCUUUUUGCCUUAGUCUGCUAAAUUAGUAGAAUUUAUCUCUAGGAACUAGUUGACUAACUUCAUACAACACAUGUUCCACUAGUUUUCUGUGGAUGUCAUUACUAUUUAAAGCACCCUGAAGACCCUCUCGGUCUAAACCUUGACAAGUUUUGGCGAAGAGAAUUUAUUGCCUGAUGGGAUUCAUUGACGUUUAAGUCAUUGGAAUGUAACUUGAAUGUAAUUUUCCGACGACUGCCUUAUGUAUGUUCAAUGGUAUUUUCUUAAUGUUUCGGUGCAUCGACGGAGAGUCUGUUGACUCUAGUGAAAUCGUACACCAUUAGGCGUUGGCUGUUUUUUCCAAGGCAACAAAUUGUGUUUAAGGCCCUUAGUAAAUUGCCAAAAACUUCAGAAAAUCUAAACAGAAGAAACUUGAAGAGCAGAUCGUCAGAAAGAUGUUUGAUUGUUGGUGCUCUGUAGGCCUGUAAAACAGCCACGCAAAAAAACAACAACGCAGGUUAUAUUUGAGGGCAUGUGAUGUUUUGUGAUACAUAUUAAAACUAUUAAUGAGAUUCAGUAUCCAUACUAACAGAACAUGGAUAUUUUUUUGGAUAUUCUGAAAAAUUUGUUUGUAAAAUUCCGCCUCCCUGUUGUUCCAAGCCCUUGUAGGCUUGUGUAUGAUUUAACUGAGUGACCUUAUUGGAUGAACUGUCUCCUACCAUAUUUAAGGCAAUUAAUAGCAGCUGGCAAAAUAGUAGUGUACACUGGCAGUAGCGGACCUACGUCCCAUUAGUUUGCAUACUAUUUUGAAAUUGCAUAGGUGUAAUAAAACAUUUAAGGGCAUUGCCUUGGAAUCCCAGCGGAAACCUUUUUCUUUGUAUUUUCUCCACCGGGAUAUAGUCAAGGAUAUGGUGUCUAUCAUUAACCAUUUCGUGCAUGGUCAGCCCUUUUGUUUUUAGUAGCGGGAUUGCGUUCCCACUGGUUUAUAUUGUCCCGGGAUAACGGAUCUAUCAGGUUGCAGUGUUAAAAUCAAACAUGGCUGGAGCAGGAGGGGCUUUAAGAAUGGUACAAUUAGUUAUCAGAUUACUGCUAAUCCGUGGUGCGUCAACAAUUAUCCUAUAAGGACGCGCCAGUGUUUCCAUGGCUAUGCAUUAUAAUAUUGGCUUUGUGAAUCAAAACCUCGUCACUUAGAAUGGCAUCAAUGAAGUCCCUCAAGAACAUACAGUCAUGUACUUAAAUUUGAGAUAAUAAACUUACCCAGACUAUUUUCGUACAUUGGUCUGAAAAGAUCUUAAACUUUCCAAGUUCUUUAGGUCAAAAAAUAAACAAAGCUGUAAUGUGUGUACUGUCUGUUUGAAGGUGUCGUUUGUAAUCUCCUUCCCUCACCACGUAGAAACACCACCCAGUUAAACGCACACACUGUCUCUUUCUAGUUAAGUAAUGCACUUCAUAAAAAAUAGGUUAGUUAAUGGCAAAAAAUGUCUUCUAGUAAAUGAAGAAUGACGGAGUAAGAAGAACUCAGAGGGUUUUUUCUCAUUAAAACAACAGGCCUUUACACUGAGUAAUGGUAAAAGGCUCUGUAAUGUCAAGGAACAUCAUUCUGUCAAGAUUCUUGACAGCUACCCAAUGAGGAACUGUGAUCUUUGUCGGUCUUACUGGAAGAGCCAGUAGAGCACCUUGUCAGACAGGAAGUGACUGAGAUUUAUUCUACUUUCAGAUGGGUUUACCUUAGCUCACCAUUAUAAAGAAGACCUUUGACUGCUUUAUGUACAAGAUGUACCUUUAUUUGUCACUGUCACGUCACCGUUGCACAACCAAGCCGUAAGCGAGCAGUGCUCGUGCUACAGAAUGAUCCAGCCUACAGCCAACGUCGUAACUUCACCAGUGACGAUGAAGCAUGGAAGUCCUUCCUGGAGAACCCUCUUACAGCUGCCACCAAAGCCAUGAUGAGCAUCAAUGGAGAUGAGGACAGUGCUGCUGCUUUAAGCCUUCUUUAUGACUAUUACAAGGUGCCACGGGAAAAAAGGACAAUAUCCCAGCCAAAGGCUGACAUCCUAGGCUCUGAUGUGGAUCCCAACAAAAGUAGGAACCUCAUGGCUCCUCACCCAGAGGCCUCAAUGGCAUCAGCUGAGAACAGGAUCCAGGUUCUGAAGGGAGUCCCACUGAACAUCGUGCUCCCUGGGAACCAGCUGGUGCAGGACAAGAGGGCACUGUUCCCCUCGCCCGACACCACAGUCACUGUGUCCAUCGCUGCUAUGCCCAGUUACCCAGUAAAGACUGAAGAGCCGUCGCAUGCUUUUUCGGUCACUGUGCCCAACCCACACUGCUCUGAGCCUGAGGGUCAUGCAGUGGCAUUCGAUCGUCAGCUCGCCCACAGUCAGUUCAGCCCCAACACACAGCCCCGUACACCAGACUCUACCUUCCCUGAGACCUACAAGGACGGGGGUCAGGAGGUGUUCUCGUUCCCAGGGGAUCUCCAGUUACGGAUGGCCUCCAUUGCACAAGAGGACUAUCCCGCCUUCGACACCGUGUCGGGUAAUAAUUUUGAGUACACACUGGAAGCCUCAAAGUCCCUCCGGCAGAAGUCAGGUGAUGGCACAAUGACAUACCUCAAUAAGGGCCAGUUCUACCCUAUCACUCUAAAGGAAACAGACAACAGCAAAGUCCUUCACCACCCCAUCUGCAAAGUCAGGAGUGUUGUGAUGGUAGUGUUCGGUGAGGAGAAAUGUAGGGAUGACCAGCUCAAGCACUGGAAGUAUUGGCACUCCAGGCAGCACACAGCCAAACAGAGAUGCAUCGACAUCGCUGACUACAAAGAAAGCUUUAAUACCAUCAGCAACAUUGAGGAGAUCUCCUACAAUGCCAUCUCCUUCACAUGGGACAUCAAUGAAGAGGCAAAGAUCUUCAUCUCAGUCAACUGCCUGAGCACAGACUUUUCCUCUCAGAAGGGUGUAAAGGGUCUCCCGCUGAACCUGCAGAUUGACACAUACAGCUACAACAACCGCAGCAACAAGCCUAUUCACCGUGCUUACUGCCAGAUCAAGGUGUUCUGUGACAAGGGGGCAGAGAGGAAGAUCCGCGAUGAGGAGCGCAAGCAGUCGCGCAGGAAGGGCAAAAGUACUGAUGUGAACUUGACGCCUUUUGUGGAUGCCAAAAUGGCUAUGAUGCACAAGCGUAGUGAUAUCACGGUGUUUAAGAUGAUGUCAGACCUGGACACUCAGCCUGUCCUCUUCAUCCCAGACAUCCACUUUGCAAAUUUCCAACGCCACCCCUUCUCUCCUGAAGAAGCAGAAGAUGGCUCAGGAAUGAAAAGAUUACCCUACUCAGAAGAUGAGUUUGGAUCUCCUCCUAAUAAGUUGGCCAGGGUGGAUGAACCAAAAAGAGUAUUGCUGUAUGUGCGGAAAGAGACAGAGGAGGUCUUCGAUGCCCUCAUGCUGAAGACUCCUACACUGAAAGGACUGGUGGAAGCGAUUUCAGAGAAGUAUGAGGUUCCUCUUGAGAAGCUAGGGAAGGUAUACAAGAAGUGCAAAAAAGGGAUCCUGGUCAACAUGGACGAUAAUAUUAUCAAGCAUUACUCCAACGAGGACACUUUUCAGAUCCAGAUGGAGGAAAUGGGUGGAAUGGUGAAGCUCACUCUCACUGAAAUUUGAAUAGCCUCCUCCCCCCAAUAUGGACUGUUUACAUGCCUCUGUGUCUGUGUCCAUGGCCUUGGAGGUACCUCAGGCCUUCCAUGCACUUCUUAUCUGUGGUUUCCUACAUGUAGCUAAGACUAAGAUUUUCUCCUCAAAUCCUAUUUUGUGUGUGCAUCUAUGACGUGAAGUGUAUGCUAAACUAUGCAAUGUGUGAAAAGAGAUUGGAGUGGGAAAAUGUAUAUGCCUUGAUAUAUAUAUAUAUAUAUAUAUAUAUAUAUAUAUAUAUAUAUAUAUAUAUAUAUAAAUACUGAAGUUUUGAGCCAUAUAUUUUAUUUUUGGAAUGUACAAAAAAAGAGAGAGAAAAUAUCUUGUCUUUAAUAGUCUGAGAAUCUGAGAAAGAGUGGAGGUACUAAAAAGUAAGAUUGCCUUUUAUUAUUUAAUCGGUGUUACAGAGCUUUAAAACCAACUGCACUGGAGAUCUUGAUAUUUAAAGGUGAGAGCUGAAUUCAUGCAGUAAAUGGGGUAUUGUUGCUGUUAGAGGGAUUUUUAGGGCAUUCUCACUGGUUUCUGUAUUUAUACAUAAACACUGAGCAGUAUUUAGUGUGUACAGCAUAACCCUUUGCUGAGCAGCUCGAUGAGGUUCUGUUUCACCAGUGUUGCUUGCGUACGUAUGUGUGAAUAAGUGCAUAUUAUGGUUCUCUAUACAAAUGUGAUACAGAGGUAGAUAUGUCCUUAAAGUAAAUUCUGUAAUUUCUGCAGCGGAAAGUUCUCGUUCUGCAUUCAAACAAGAAAGAAACAGAGCAACGUGAAUUCCAUGUAAAGUCCAUGUAGGUUUUUUGCUUCUGGUGCUGCUUAACUAGCAAAAUUCUAGAUGAGGAAACAUAAAUAUAUCAUUUAUUUAGUAAGCCACCAGUCAGACACUAUUAAUUUUAAUUUUGUUAAAAUUAAUUUUGUGCUCUUUUUUUUUAUUAUUCUGAUCUAAAGAGCUUUCCUAGGUAAAAGUCUCUGUAACAACUCGACAAGAAUAAACUCAUACAGAACCAGAAGUACCAUGCAAGAUAUGACAUGCAACAGUUUCUCCAUACAGAGUGCCAAGUCAAUAGUAUUACGUUUAGACUAUACAGUUUAUUCAGUGUCCACAGAUCAUGGCUUCAUUUUAAAUUUGGUCUUUAUUAUUGUCUUUAUCUGUCAUCCUAUUCGGAGCCUUCUUAAUUUUUUUAAACUACAGACUCUAUAGCAUCAGGGUUUUUUUUAAACAAUUUUCUAUCUCAUAUAUCUGCUGACUCUUUUUUUUUAUCAAAGUACUUAUCUAUAUAUUUAUUGUUAUAUUUGGGUGGGGUAUUUUUUUUAUAUUGUUUUGCAAACAAAAUGUGCAUUGCUGUUAUAUACUGUUACAUGUUAAAUGCUUUUUAUAUGGAAUCAACACUAUAAAACUAUGAUGUAUUUAUGCACAGGGUAGAUCUGUAAUUCUGUCAGCUCCUACGGCGAUAUUUGCCUCGUGAUCCCUACGGCUACUUUUUUGGAUUCGAUGUUAGGGUCAUCUGGCAAUGCUUAUCAGAAUAGAAAAGGCUCAAAUGUUCUUUGCUGUAUGGCUUUAGCUGUUAUUAUGUGCACACAUUUUCUUUUAGUCGCAAUAAAAGCCAGCUUGGCUUGGCUGUUGUGAUUG